GCGACACCAUCUGUGGGGGUGGCGGGGGACCGGGUUGGGGAAGACGACAGCGCAAAAGCUCACCGGAUCAUGUCAAGCUUGGAUCCAGGUUUUAUGCAGAACCUCUCCUGACUAUGGAAGCUUAAAAAUUAAAGGAAUCAACGAGAGAUUACGAAGAGAGCGAGGCGUUGGUUGACGUCGCCACCCCUCUCCUCAGGGUGGCGCGGAGAGUGGCAGCUCCUGAGGUCACAGCUUCCGCCAGUGGCCUAGCUCCCUACCGCUGCCCUUGAUCGUGCUGUGCUUGUCACCGGGCUGCAGCAAUCACGAUGCUUCAGCUUAUACGUGACUACUGGGUUCAUGUAUUGGUUCCCAUGGGAUUUGUCUUUGGAUGCUAUCUAGACAAGAGGAAUGACGAAAAGCUAACUGCCUUCCGGAAUAAGAGUAUGCUAUUUCAAAGGGAACUGAGGCCCAAUGAAGAAGUUACUUGGAAGUAAAGCCUGUGGCUAAAUCACAGAAUAUUCACAUUUUAAAAGUUAUUGGAGAAAUAAAAACAUUUAUUAAUUAAUUGGAA